AUGUUCGAUGGUCAGGCCGAGGGAGUUAUUUUAGAAGAUAGAACAGUAGUUCAGGCCGACCUAGUGAUCGUCGCAGCUGGAGCCUGGUCAAACAAGCUGGUAUAUCUCGGGACUCGCCUGAUUCCGAUCGGACAUGAGGUGGCCUGGAUCAAGGUAUCGGCCGAGGAGGAAGGUCGCUGGAAAAAUAUGUCCAUUACAACAAAUAUGAGCACUGGUCUUAACAUGUUCCCGCCGUAUAAUGGCGAGAUUAAAAUACUUCGGAGGUCACCGGGUUAUAAGAACACGACGAUUGUCCCGCAUCCAGAAGACCGUUCAAAGAAGAUUCAGAUCUCCUAUCCACGGACAAUUGUCAGCAAUCCUGCUGAUGUUAUUCCGAGUGAAGCCGAGGCCGCGAUGCGGGACAACAUGUGUGAGAUCAUUCCGACUCUUGCAGACAGGCCAUUUGACAGAACCAAAAUAUGUUGGAUCAGUACGACUCCUACCGCCGACUUUCUGAUAGCUCCUCAUCCCCGUAUUACUGGCGUCCACAUGGCCACGGGUGGCUCCGCCCACGCGUGGAAGUUCCUCCCCAUAAUUGGUGAUUGGGUAGUCGACUCGAUUAUGGGCACCUUGGCUCAUGAAUUGGUAGAAAAAUAUGCUUUUGACAAACACUCAGGCGACAAAGAUCAGAAUGCACCUCGAAAGGAUGGCGAGCCACAAGAACUGAGAGAAAAAGUGCGUCAUCAUCUCUGA